UGCUGACUGCGGCGUGUUUUUGUUGCUGUUCGAAAGCAUGGCGGACUCGGACGGAGAUAGAGACUCAUAUGUAGUUUUGGGAAAAGCCAUUGGCACUGUAUUACCCGAUGAACCAUUGAAACGUCCACUGUCUGUAAAUGAAUUACCUGUUAAAGAUAACCAAGGUCGGGUUCGAUUCCAUGGUGCAUUCACUGGAGGAUUUUCAGCUGGUUACUUUAACUCAGUUGGUUCCAAGGAAGGAUGGGCACCAACUACAUUUGUAUCCAGUCGACAGAAACGAAACAAGAAGAUAGUUAUGAGUGCAGAAGAUUUUAUGGAUGAUGAAGACUUUAGUGAACAUGGGAUUGCACCAAGAGAAAUUGUCACAUCAGACCAGUUCAAAUCAAAAGGGGGAGCCACCAAAAGAAAGAAUUUAGCUAAUUCGCUUUUAAGCACCAACUCAUUCCUGCAUAAUGUUGAUGGUGCUCUACUUGACUUUAUUGUUCCAGAAAAGAUAUCGAUUGGAGUAAAGCUACUGAGAAAGAUGGGCUGGAAAGAAGGACAAGGCGUUGGACCGAGACAAAGAAAAUGUAGAAAGAAGGAGUUAAAAUCAAGUAAUAAGAAGUUAUAUGGUUGUGCUGCAGCUGCAUCUGAUUCCGACUCAGAGAUUUCAGACGACAACUCCUUACAGCAUGUGGAAUUUGCACCAAAGGAUAUGUGUCGAAUAUCGUUUCGUGUCAAAGACAAUCUCCAUGGCCUUGGUUACAGUGGCAUCAAUAUCAUGGCAGCCCUUCCUUCUACGCAUGUUUCGCUAUUCUCAGAGCCUUCCAAAUACAACAACAUUACUGGUAUCAAGAGAAACAAGAGAGGCAUCAAAGGAAUCGCGUUUGGAGUAGGUGCUAUGGAGGAAGAUGAUGAAGAUAUCUAUGCAGCUGACAGUUUAUCUAAGUAUGAUCAGUCGAUUGGGUUUGCUGAUGAAGAAGAUGAUCUACAUGGAUGGACGGCACCAGGUAGAAACAAACCAGGGCCUGCUCCUCCAAUGAAUUAUGUUGGUAAGAUAUUGGAAGGUUUCAUUCUGUCAUCAAAACCUUUAACUCUGAAAGUUGCUUAUCCACCACCACAAAUCCCUAAGGGCUACCGGCCAUAUCAUACAUUUGAAAAGCUACCUUUAGAUAUUCAACAAUCAUCUGAAACACUGAAACCUCAAAACAGCAUACUGAAUGCUCUCAGUCGCAGUAUCAUCAUUGGAGAGACAAAAACUACAGGAAGUGUUUUUGAUCUAAUCAGUAAAAGUAGCUUAAAGAACUUACCAAAAUUUGACAGCAGUAAAAUAUCGGAGAGUAGUGAUGAGAAAACUAAAUGUUCUAAUGAUAAUAAUAAUAAUGAUUAUAAUAACCAAAGCGAGUCAGACACACAAACACCAUCCAGUAGUCACAGAGAAGAAACAGAGAAAACUGAAAAGGAUUCCACUAUUGCUGCUGAAAGUUCAUCUCAGACCAAUCAAGCUUUAGGAAUGAAACCAUUUAAGAUCCAGUCAUUUCAGCCAUUGCAAACAUCCUCUGCACUACAAUCAGAUUUCCAACCAUUCUUGCAAGACCCUUCAAAACAAGAACGAUACAACAAGUACUUACUGUUGUUGAAACAUGGUAAAGUUGAUCCAUACAGCCUUGUCUGUGACUCUACCAUGACAGAAUGGGAGCAGGAAAUUGAGAAAGAAGAAUUCUCGGAAGCAGCAAAACUAUUCAAACCUCUAGCUGCUGCUAUGGCAUCUCGGUUCACCAAAGCCAAGUUCCAUGAUGAUGCAGAUUCUGUAGAACUUCCUGAAGAUGUCACUGCCAAAAAGAAAGAUUUGUCAAAUGCAGCAGAAAUGAAACUGUAUGGAAAAUUAACACGGGAAAUAUUUGAUUGGCACCCUGACAAAUUGUUGUGUCGACGGUUCAAUGUUCCUGACCCCCACCCAGGGUCUGGUAUUAUUGGUGUACCAAGAUCAAGACAUGACAAAUAUUCCAUUUUUGAUUUUCUUGCACCACCGCCGGUAACAGAAGAGAAAAACAAAUGUCAGCAAGCUGAUCCUCUGAAGAGCAGUGACAACGCGGCAAAGAAUACCAGUGAUAAAACAACAACCCCUGCACCUGAAAAACCUUCCAUUUUCAGUCACCUAAUGGCUGAGAAGCCAGCCUCUACACCUUCCAGCUCUGAUAGUCCCGACAAAGAACCAGUGAUAACAUCAACUCCUCAACCAACUGUAGAAGAGGGAGAGAGGCCACCUAUGGAUCUCUUUAAAGCUAUAUUUGCUGACUCAUCCUCAGAUAGUGAAGAAGAGGAAGAAGAAGAGAAGCCUGAGAGAAAGACAGAAGAGCACAAAGAGGAAGAAAAGAAGAAAAAGGAAGGAGUGAAUGAAAAUGAAAAAAAUAGGGCAAAAGAAACAGAGUCCAAAGAGAAAGAAUUGAAGCCAACAUUACCACCAGGUAAAUCAGUCUGUAUUAAAUGUGAAUAUCAAAUUUGCAUUUAUGUAUCUGAGUUUUGUGUGUAUAUAUAUAUAUAUAUAUACUCACGCACACAUAUCUUUUAUUAGUCAUUAGACUGUGGC